AUGUUGUCCAGAUCGGUCCGCAGAGCUUUCUCAACCUCGUCGCCAGCCUACAAGAAGUUGACCAUUGGUUUGAUUCCAGGUGAUGGUAUUGGAAGAGAGGUGAUCCCAGCUGGUAGAGCCGUGUUGGAGAACUUGCCAGCCAAGUUUGACUUGCAAUUCGACUUUGUUCAUUUGGACGCUGGUUUUGAGUUGUUUCAGAAGACUGGAACUGCUUUGCCAGAUGCCACCGUCGACACCUUGAAGGCCAAGUGUGAUGGAGCAUUGUUCGGUGCUGUGUCUUCUCCAACCACUAAGGUUGAGGGCUACUCUUCUCCUAUUGUUGCUUUGAGAAAGAAGUUGGGCUUGUACGCCAACGUCAGACCUGUCAAGUCUGUUGAAGGAAUUGGCAGACCCGUGGACAUGGUGAUUGUUCGUGAGAACACUGAGGACUUGUACAUCAAGGAAGAGAGGACCUACACCAAGGAGGAUGGAACCCAGGUUGCUGAGGCUAUUAAGAGAAUCACAGAGACUGCCACUAUUAACAUUGCUAAGAUGGCUUACGACAUUGCCUUGCUGAGACAGGCCAUCAGAGAAGCUUCUUCUGACAGCUCUCUCCAUUCUAAGCCAUCAGUGACUGUGACCCACAAGUCGAAUGUGUUGUCCCAGUCUGAUGGUUUGUUCCGUGAGACCUGUAGAAAGGUCUACGAUGCCAACAAGGACAAGUACUCGUCCAUUGAGUAUAAGGAACAGAUUGUCGACUCUAUGGUUUACAGAAUGUUCAGAGAGCCUGAGAUUUUCGAUGUGGUCGUCGCUCCAAACUUAUACGGAGAUAUCUUGAGUGAUGGUGCUGCUGCUUUGGUUGGUUCUUUGGGUGUUGUGCCAUCAGCCAAUGUCGGUGCUUCUUUUGCUAUUGGUGAGCCAUGCCAUGGUUCUGCUCCAGACAUCGAGGGUAAGGGUAUCUCCAACCCAAUUGCUACCAUCAGAUCCACCGCAUUGAUGUUGGAGUUCAUGGGCUACCAGGAAGCAGCCGCCAAGAUCUACGAGGCUGUGGAUGCUAACUUGAGAGAGGACAAGAUCAAGACUCCAGACUUGGGUGGAAACUCUAGUACCCAGCAGGUGAUCGACGAUGUCGUUCGCCGUCUUUAA